UAUUUUUAGUUUUGUUGCGAUUCAUUGUUCAUUUGAAUGAGCGAGCAAUUCAAUGGAGAAGGAGAACACCUUCGAUCCUGAUUUGGUUCACGAAAUUUUCAAGCUUGUUUGGAAAAGAAAAGCUGCAGAACGUGGGAAAAAUGAAUUAUCUGAGAAUAUAGAGAACGAGGUUGGGGCUAGCUCAUCAAAGAGAAUUCGGCCUACUUUUGCCAAUGCAAAUGCACUGAAGCUGAGCUCUGAACUCCUCCGAGUCUUUGUAGCAGAAGCUAUACAACGUGCUGCUACUAUUGCUGAAGCUGAGGGCAGUGUCAAAAUCGAAGCAACUCAUCUAGAGAGGAUACUUCCUCAGUUACUUUUAGAUUUUUAAGGAUGACUGCACAUUUGCGAAAUUGCUAGAUCAAAAGCAAGUAAGGUAAAUCUUAUACCAUGUAUUUUAUCAAUGUUUUGAAGACGAAACUUAAUGGUAUAUUAUCCUGUCUGGCAAUGUUUCAUAUUUGCAAUUGCAUGCAUAGUCUGCUCUAAGAUUAACAAUUGCAGAUUUUUAUUGCAGAGGAAUGAGGUGAUA